GAUCUUUGAAAACAUCAGUUAGUAAGGUUGCUUCAAAAAUGCAUAUUGGCAUAUCCUUAUUACAAAGGCGUAGUAUGUUUUUUCGUAUAGGCAAAGCUGGCUUCAAGAUUCCAAGAUAUCAAAACACUUACCAACUUGAACCUAUUAAAAAAUUUAACGCUGAGCUUGUCGACAAAAUCUUGAUCAAUGUGAUGCGGAGUUAUUUAAUUGGCAUAAAAUAUCAUCCUCAAAUAUGCAUACAAAUUUGCCAGAAAAUGUCAGCAGAAGUGCGUGAUCAAAUUUACAGAAAAUUUUACGAUAGAUAUAAAGUCGUGGUCAUCAUGUCGAUCGUUCAGAAAUUAGGACAAGGCGUACGAAUUGAUUUUAGCAAGUUAUGGGAUAUUGAAAGGGACACAUAUUCAACUCAUGUGAUCGAGACGCAGGAAUUUUCUGCGAUAGGCCUCGUCGUGGGACUUUAUUACGAGUAAACAUAAGGAGAUUGAAGAAUAAUCAUUAUUUUCUCUGAUGAUCAUUAUUUUUUUCGAAGAAUAAACCAUUGAUUCUAGAUGAAAAAAGAGA